AUGAUGUCCACAGCAACUCCAAGUAGCUUGACCGAUGAGAGCGCGCACUCAAAGCCAGGCCGCAAGCCCAUUAACACCGAGCCUUCCAACAAGAGAACAGCGCAGAACAGAGCGGCACAACGAGCUUUCAGAGAACGGAAGGAGAAGAAAAUGAGGGAACUGGAGAUGAAAGUGCAGAUGCUUGAGAACGAGAAGAUGCAGAUUGCUAAUGAAACAGAGCUGCUCAGAAUCCAGGUGAACACGCUUAUGAACAGGCUCAUGAAUCGUGGAGAGGGAGACUUCCUGAAAGAACUCCCCAUUCUUGCAGAUAUAAAGCAACAGAACACCAAUACCUCUACAACGCUAACCUCAACAGACUCGGAAAAGUCUACAUCUAAUACCUCGUCUCCAAACAACUCGACUCACACGCCUGCCUCGUCGUGCUCCUCUGCGGCAGAGAAGAGUACCGAAUUCUUAUUUCCGUGGGCUGAGAAGCAGAAACAGGCGAACCUCACAGCAGUGCCGAAGGACUCGUCUCCAAGAACAGACCUUCACGACCUCAGCCAGAAGAACUACAAGGGAGACUUUGAGGAGGAGAGUUUCUGCAACAGUUUAGGAACUGUGUGCGGCGAUAAAAAUUGUCCUGUUCCAAGGGAUAAACGUCCUUCUACCGUCACCGGAGGCUCUACUCUUCCGUCGUCGCGUGGCGUAGGGUCCGCUUAUUCUCCCUCUCCUUUCCAGAUGCUUGCCGAUUAUGGAUCGGAGAAGCCAGACAACAACGAACUGCCUUUCUUGUUUGACACACCAACGUAUGACACGUCUCUGGUUUUUGACCAGGUGAACCCUUCCGCUUUCUCUCCAUCCGAUAUUGUCUUUUCGUCGAUUGAAAAUGAAUUCCCCGUGACCACGGAAGCAGACCCACUGCAGGGAUUGAUAAGCGAGGAGUCGAAGGAUGAUCCGUUGAGCGAAUUCUUCACCAACGCACAGCAGCAGCAGCUGACGGUAAAUAACUUGAACUCGCUCAACGGGACUCUUACUCAGCUCACCCCAGGAGCGGCUCCCGACGACAAUGACAAGGAUGAGGCUGUGCCGGACACAACUAAAAACCUGAUGAAGUGCUCGCAGAUAUGGGAGCGGAUCACGACGCAUCCGAAGUUCAGCGAGCUGGACAUUGACGGUUUGUGUUCUGAGCUCAAAAUGAAGGCAAAGUGCAGCGAGAAGGGCGUCGUGGUGGACGGAUCAGACGUCGGAGAAGUGUUGACGCGUGUGAUGAACCGUUGA